AUGGUCAGUCCCGCCCUCAAACGCAACGCAGACCACCUCUCCGGCUCCGCAGCCGAUCCCAAAAAGCCCAAGGGCGGCAGCAUCACAUCUUUCUUCGGAGUUCCUAAACCCAAGGCUCUUAGCACAGCUACAAACGGAUCAGGGAUAAAUGGUACCGCUACUGCGCCAAGGUCUAGCACGUUCAAUAAAGAGAAAUGGGUUGCUAGCUUGACGCCGGAGCAGAAGGAGCUUUUGCAGUUGGAGAUUGACACUUUGGAUGAGAGUUGGUUGGCGCAUCUUAAGGAUGAGAUUGUUACGACGGAGUUUUUGAAUUUGAAGAGGUUUUUGAAGAAGGAGAAGGAGGGGAAGGUUAAGAUUUUUCCUCCUGAGGAGGAUGUGUAUUCUUGGUCCAGACACACCCCCCUCCACACCGUCAAAGCCGUCAUAAUCGGCCAAGACCCUUACCACAACGACAACCAAGCCCACGGCCUCUGCUUCUCCGUCCGCCCACCCACCCGCGCACCCCCCUCGCUGGUAAACAUCUACAAGGGCAUCAAAAAGAACUACCCGGACUUCGUGGCACCCCCGAAUAAUGGGGGUCUCCUCAUUCCCUGGGCUGAGCGGGGCGUCCUCAUGCUGAACACUUGUCUGACGGUCCGCGCACACGUGGCGAAUAGUCACUCCGGCAAGGGAUGGGAGAAGUUCACGCAAAAGGCGAUUGACCUUGUUGCGCGGGUGAGGAGUAAUGGAGUUGUGUUUUUGGCUUGGGGAAAGCCGGCGGGGACGAGGGUGGCCAAGGUUAAUAGGUCGAAGCAUUGUGUUUUGCAGUCUGUGCAUCCGAGUCCGUUGAGUGCGCAUGGUGGAUUUUUCGACAAUGGCCAUUUCAAGAAAUGCAACGACUGGCUCGCGGAGCGAUACGGUCAAGAUGGGAUUAUUGACUGGAGUCUUGUGCCGACUAAAAACGCUGUGGUGGUGCCGCCGGUAGCUGAGAAGGAGAACUCGGCUGCUUUGGCGAAUGUGUCGUCGUCGCCGGUACAGAAAUCAGAGGAGACUGUCAAGUCUGCUCCUGUCGAGGAUGAGUUUGACGAUGACGAUGCUCUUGAAGCGCUUGUUGCGGCGGAGAAGGAGGAGGAGGAGGCUAAGAAGAAACGAUGCCGACAUCUCACGGCAGGCUCGGAGGUUGAAGAGCAUAGACCACCACGGAAAAUCCGGGGUGUGGACGCGACGAGUCAAUCUCAAUCUUCGAAUGGCAAUGUUCAUGGUUUGAACUAUGAGCGCUCGCGAUCUUUUUCGAAGGAUGCCACGCGGGCACAGAGUGCAACCACAACUGCGAGUGCAACUGCGUCCGCGGGCCCGUCAUUACGAGCUUUAUCAAGUACAGAGCGAUUCGUGGGUGAUUUAAACCCUGAAGCGGUCAUUCGUGAACGACUUGAUGAGCCCAUUGGUAAUCCUCUGCGCGAUCGAAUCGGACUCUGGAUUGGUUCACCUGAUAGUGCGGAUGCUGCGAGGGCGAAACGUCCGUCUGCGAAUACAGAUGCGAAUACUCUUUCAGCGAUUCCGUCCGAGACGGGUGCUCUCGAUAGCCAAACUGUGGCUGCUGUGCUCAACCAGCGAUAUACAUCAGCGAUGCAAGCAUGUACUCGACUCCCCGCGUCAACACGAGAACCCCUCACAGCUCUAUAUUUCUCAAAAGUCAACACUAUCAUACCCCUAGUCGACCAAACCACAUUCACAACCACAGAUUCAAGCUCAACAUCGCCAUUCCUCGAACGAGCAAUCUGCCUCAUCGCAGCCAAACACCCCACCGCCCAUCCACACCUCCGCCUCACAGAAAACACCACCCCCUCCCACCCCGCACCUUCUGCACAGAACUCUAUCGAGGCCUCGUCUCCGCCAUGGCGGCAGGCCUCGAACCAGACCGAUACACACGCAUCCGCAUUCUAG